AUGCCAGCAAAUACCACACUGCCGAAGGAUGUAUCGCACGACUCGGUUGGUGAGGAACCCUGUGGUAGCUACGCCAUCACAGUUGUCUCUGAGUCAAACGAUGACAACGGAAAUUGGCGAAAUGCUGAACGUGCGUGUAAAAAUAAACGUAGGGACUCUCUUCCAGACAGGCAUCUUUACCGAAAACGAAACAUCGUCAUAAAGGGAGCUCCUGAGUCCAAUUCUUCGACUGCAAAAGAAAGAAUCGAGCACGAUCUCAACUUCUUUCCAACAUAUUCAAAUGCCGUCCUUCAGGACGGAAAAUGUGUUACCGUGCACAAAGCUUUCCGUCUAGGAAACGCAGAUGCGUCGCGUGCAUUACCAAGGCCUCUUAAAAUUAUCCUUGCAAAUGAAGCCCAGGCCCCACAUCUCCUGGAAGGGAGGAUGGCCCUUCGUCAUUCGCAUAAGGAAGUGUUUUUUCAGCCGGAUUACGAACCGACAGAAAGACACAAGAUGAGGGAGCUCUGGACAGAACUGAAAAGAAGGACAGAAGAGGGGGAGAAGGGGUUGAAAAUAAAGGAAGACAAGAUAAUACAGAUCAAACGAUCGUUCCUGUGGCUAACCCCCUUUGUAAUCAGGGCCAGUUCCCCCCGAGAAUACGGACACUAAAGGUGCUGUAUUCGAAUGUGCAGAGCCUGUUUAACGAGAUGGAUGAACUCAGGACUCUGAUCGACGAGUACACGCCAGAUAUCAUCGCCUUGACAGAAACAUAGCUCUCUGAAGCUAUUGGAGAUCAUGAGGUAUCCCUCAGAGGCUACCAACUGUUCAGAAGAGACAGGAGAAGCCGAGGAGGAGGAGGAGGAGGGGUCGCUGUCUAUGCUAGCUACAACCUAACCGCGGUCCCCGAGCAUAAUCCAACAACAACAGCGGAAGUCGAAUUCCUAUCUUUAACUAUCUCCACCAAAUAUGCCAGGCCGCUGGCGUUUGCAGUUGUGUAUCGUCUCCCAAACCAGAUUUCCGAACACGAUAGGCUUCUCCUAAGGGAACUGAGCAAGACCUGCUCGAACAGAGACGUCCUUAUUGUAGGGGACUUUAACGCCCCCAAUAUCGACUGGCAAGCUUGGACGGUUGUGGGUCCAUCGAACACAUUCGGACAACAUUUGCUUGAAUUGGCAGCAGAAAAACUACUUUUCCAGAAUGUAACUCUCGGAACACGUGUUAGGGAAGGGCAACGUUCAAAUUGCCUCGAUCUGGUGCUCACUCGAGAUGAGGAGAGUGUGCUGGAUACACAAGAUCUCCCGCCAAUUGGUGCUAGUGAUCAUAUUGUGAUGCUCUUCGAGUAUUCCAUGUUCUCCCAGCCUAAUUCACCUGAACAAUUACAGCAAAUAUCUGGAAGGGGGAUUUUUCUAGCAUGCGAACGCAAGCCUCAGCAAUACCGUGGACAACCACAUUACAAGGAACAGUUAAUGACUAUUGGAGCACGUUCAGCUCACUGGUCAAAAGACCCGUUGAUCUUAACUGUCCACUCAGACGAAAGAUAACUAGCAACCGUCCGCCGUGGAUAAACCGGAAACUUCAAACCGCGUUUAAGAGGAGAAAUAAAGUGUGGAGACGCUAUCGACAAACAGAAAGUCCUGAAGACCUGACGGAAUACAAGCGACAGCGGAAUGCGUGUAAACGCGAGGCUCAUAGACUUCGAAGCAACUAUGAGCUGUGCAUAUUACAAAAUUCCUUGGAGCAUCCUAAAAUCCUCUAUAGUUACAUACGUAAGGGACAGAGCAAUCGUGAACCGAUUCCAGCGCUAAGAUCCCAAAACGGAGUAAUUGAGACGGAUGACCACCUGAAAGCAUCAGCCUUCUCCAAUUUCUUUCAGUCGGUAUUCACUCAUGACACAAACCCCCCUCCCAUGCCAUAUGUAGACUAACAACAAUAUCCCUCCUGUCCUGCAUUGGAAGACAAUCGUUUCAUCUCACCCACGUUGAUAAGGACCGAACUACGCCGGCUGAAACCUGCCAAAUCACCUGGUCCAGAUGGAAUUCAUCCGCUUGUCCUCCGAGAAUUAGCUGAUGUACUCUGUGAGCCGGUGUCCAUGAUAUUUCGGAAGUCCAUGGAAGAAGGCGAACUGCCGGAGGAGUGGAAAACGGCCCAUAUUUCUCCAAUCUAUAAAGGAGGAUCCAGACUGGAACCCGAAAACUACCGUCCUAUUAGUUUAACCUGCAUUCUAUGCAAGGUAAUGGAACGACUUAUUAAAGGGCAUUUACUGUCGUAUCUGGAGCAGAGGGACCUGUUAUGUGCUGCUCAGCACGGAUUUAGUCGUGGUCACUCCUGUCUUACAAGCAGUCUUUACUCUCAGGAAAAGUGGACAAGAGCCACAGACCAGGGCCGUCCAGUGGACGUCAUCUUCUUUGACUUUAAGAAGGCGUUUGAUAGCGUUCCUCAUGGACGACUCCUACAGAAGAUUUGGGAGUGUGGAAUACAGGGCAGCAUUUUUAAUUGGAUUAAAAGUUUCCUGUCAUGCAGGCUCCAAAAAGUCAUCGUUGGUGCCACUACAUCCGAAUGGGUGCCAGUAAAAAGCGGCGUUCCGCAGGGCUCAGUCUUGGAUCCUCUCCUCUUCCUCAUCUAUAUAAAUGACUGUCCUGCAGACCUUGAAUGCGAUGGCAUCAUGUUUGCGGAUGAUAUAAAGAUCUGGAAAACAAUCAGCUGCGUUGAAGAUGCGCAAAAGCUACAGGAAGAUGUUAAUAAGCUGGCUGCGUGGUCCAGCAAGUGGCUUCUAGCGUUCAACGUAUCCAAGUGUGUAGUCUUGCGACUAGAAUCUGGACGGUGGCGCUUCCCAAAACAUCAGUACACCAUAAAUGGGGUUCCACUAAAUGAAGUGGACACGCACAAAGACCUAGGUGUCUGGACAUGGUCAAACUUGCUGCCCUCUCAGCACUGCAAAACAGUCGUCCAAAAGGCAACCAGCAUCAUGCACUGGAUUAGGCGUGCCUUCAAAAUCUUUCCUCCAGAACUCUUCUCACAGAUAUUCGGCACAUUCGUCAGACCGCACUUGGAAUACGGAAUACCAUCAUGGAUGCCCUGGAUGAAGAAAGACAGUGAUGCCAUAGAGCAGGUGCAACGACGGGCCACAAAACUGGUGGACGGUCUCAGGACUCUGCCAUACCCAGAAAGACUGAUCCAGUUAAAUUUCUUCCCCCUAUCCUAUAGAAGAAUGAGGUGUGACCUGUUAUGGACAUUCCGCAUUAUCCACGGGCAUGAAUGUUCGCUCAAAACUGACGACUGGAUGGUCGGAAGCGGAGUGGUCGAGUCUUCAAUAAACGUUUUGGACAGGAAAUCAUUGAAGCUAUCCGCGGUUAACUGGGCAUCAACCAUGGGAUUUCCGAGAUCGUCUCGAAGGAUGGGAUACUGCGUCUUUCUCUGAGUUCGUAUUUUUCUAGAGAAAAGUUUCGAGACACUCAACGAAUGGUAAGGAUAAGAUCUAAAAUGUGAUUGCCACUUGUUGGAAAGCGGGCAAGCUGAAAUGAGUUAAAAAACCUGAAAAUAUCUCGAAAGGUUGGAAUCUGAAUGGACGGAUAUUCAAAACCCAAUCUAUUUUAGGACGGGUAAAAUCCACAAUGAUUAUCUGAAAAUAUAAAGUAGAUCCGGAAGUUAAUUUAACGAUUUCACAGAGUUCUGCAUCCUCACUGACUGAAGAAUUCGGGGGAUUGUGCAUACAACCAGUAUUUGCCUUUCUUUGUGGCAAGAGAAUAAUAUAGGAAAAGCAGAAGUUUCCUGUGAAUGAGGAGGCACCGGGGUAAUAGGGAGAGUGCUUUGGGUAGGAUUUAAGAUAGACACUUUUGUCACUUUUGCAAUAGUUACUACGUCCUCCCGUACAUCAUUUGUGUAGGCUUGUUCCGUCGCUUAAUGGAUUUCAGCAGCUUUGGCUUCUUAGGCCAGAACACUGGCGUUAACAGCAUAGCUCUGCUGUCGCUUCGAACGGCUGACCCCAUAAUGGGGUAGGCGUUAGCUGUGUAGCUGCCGCUGUCCUAAGUAUUAUUGGCUGAUUUGACUGAACCUUCAUAUUUUUGUGGAGUACCUUCCCCUCAAAGAUAGCCAGGUUGUGUUCGCCACCCUUCAUUCGCGGUUUUUAUUCUGGGACAAGUUCUAGACAUUUUAGCCUUUUCGUUGAAGACGAAUUCGACUAAAAAAGGCAUCUGUUAUGCGAGCUCCAGAGGAUAGCUUUUUUGAAGAGAUAAAUUUGAUUUUCAUUUUUCUCUCCUGCAUAAUUUUUAGAGGGUGAUGUGACACUCUUUCUGCCGUAUCUUUACUCCCUCUUCUUAUCCGGAACGCUUUUAGAACUUCCACUUCCGCAUCUGGCUGUAGUAAUGGAUUUAGCAAACCAACAAAGGAAGCAUGAUUUUUAAGACACAGUCGUCGGAUCAGAUUGCAUUUGAUUCAGACAAAAUCCAAACAACUAGAUAUAGUUGGCUUUCCCGAAGUUCCCUAUUUCGAAUUUCUGACAAAUCUUUGUAUGAGGACUGGGAUGAUUUACGAAGUACCCUCCUGCAUUCAAUUUUUUUGCUGUCGACUCCCUGUACCGCGGGAAUCCUCAUGGUUGAUUUUGACUUUCGACUGUCGUUGUGUCACUUUCCAGUCUCCCAUAGCGACGAAUUUCUGUCUUUGCACUCAACCACAUGUCUUAUAGAUCAAUCAGAUUAGUUGAGAGGACAUGAAAGCAACGGUAGAUUCAGUAACUUAGUUAUAUCAUUCGCUGGCAUAUCAUAAUUCCCGUCAUUUCUAUUAAGGGGACCAGGCCAGGUGGCCCUACGACAGGUAAUAUUUUUGGGUCAUCUCUUAGUUCGUUCUGUGUUGAGUGCUGGCCUGCCUUUACCACAGGCUGCGUUGCCGUCUUCGUGCUAUUACCGGCAUCCGUGUUUGUAACUAGUGGAUGACUACCCGUUUUUGAGAUGCUCCUGAGAUUAUAUUAUUUUGCUUUUACUUUUUAACUCUAACCUUAUUAACUUCACAUUUGGCAAUCUCCCCUGGUCCUCAAUGUUCUGCUGCACUAUCGUCCUAAAAUCAAACAGGCCGUUCUUGAUCUUUUUAUCCGUAAUCAGGUUAUAUGGACAUCCAGUGCAAGGCAUAUCCUCGUGCACCACACUCUACGUAGUAAUCAUGUUCUUGGAGCCCUUUGCUGGCAGGAUGCACAGUGAGAACGAGCCCAAAUCAUGGAUGAUGAGGUCAUCUCAGCAGGCGUUUUUCUCAAAGGAUGUCGGUGUCGGUCCUGCUAUUACCGUUAAAUGUCUGAGAGUCCACAAAUUUUCCGCUAAGAAAGUAUGCACCUUCCGUUUUCGAGAUUUUAACGGAACCUUUGGAUUAUAUCUGAUGAAGCAUAAUAGAACAAAACUGACUGCACAGAGAAGAUUACGUCACUACUAAGGGAAGAUUCAACCUGUGAAUCUCUGACUUCUGACCCUGUGAAAUUACAGGACUCAGAAACAAAAAACCGUUGAAGGUCCUUUUAGGAAGGACACUAGUCUCAGGAUCCAGUUUGUUCUUAUUAAGCCUCAUGCGUGCUGCUGAGCGCAAGAAGGUAGAAUUUGUCCAGCAUUUCUUUUUUUACCAAGAAAAUUGUAACUCCAGAUCACCGGCGUUUGUGGUGCCAAGAGCGUUGUCGGCUUACAGACCUUGAUACCUUGUGAUUUUGUAGAUUACUACAACCUAGUAUCAAGGGCUCCAUCUGUCUCUGCUUUCAUACCUACCAUUCGUGGCACAAUUUAGACGAUGUCCUUUUGUAAAUGAUAUACAUUCCUAUUUAAAAGAAACCAUUUCUGGUUCCAGUGGUCACCAAAAUUAUGUUGUAUUAUUAUCCAUACUUAUGAAUAAAUCGUGACAAAUAGUAGUUUUGCGGUAAGUUUCAACCACGGAUGCAUCAAAGAACUAGUGAGGAGAGAGACAUAUAUCAAGUUUCAUUGUGAAAGAUAGACUCUUGACUUAAACUCUGUGUAACCGUGAUUUAGGAUGAUCAAAUGGGUUGAAGCGAGAGCGCAUUGUUCUCACACAUAUAGGACGGAGACAGCCAUUACGCAGGUAAAAACUUCAACGGACGGCCAUCAACUCAUCCGAAUCGGUCGUACUCACUAAAAAUGUUGGCAUUCAGAGCUAAUUAACUACGAGCCAAACAGGUUGAUAAUCGGACAUCUGUGUGGCGCAUGAGCGCUUUCAAGGGGUUUGAAGAAAAUCCUGAAAAAGUCUAGUCGCCAAAGAAGUGGGAAUUCAACCCAUUCAGCCAUCUUCUUUUGCCAAUGUGAUUAAUAGGAGUAGAAAGAAAUUCAAGAAUCCUGACUAUGUGUCAGAUAUCGUCGAGCUGAUUAAGAUAAGAUGCGAGGCAAACGACCUGACGUUAGACAGCCGAUUUAAGUAAAUAAGGAGAGUAGUGGAGACCCCGGUUUCGCCAAUGGGGAGGCCGCACGCAUAUUGGGUCAAAGUUGCCUCACAGAUCAUCUGUUCGUUAAUUAGCAUUACAUACAAUAAUAAUUUUAUUAUUAUUAUUAUUAUUAUUAUUAUUAUUAUUAUUAUUAUUAUUAUUAUUAUUAUUAUUAAUAAAUGCAUUUGUCGACAAAAACUCAACUGUAGGCCAUGCAGAAACUUCUGUCAUUUAAGGUCGGAGAUGAACGCUCUUCGUCUUCACUACCCAGUUUUAUAUUUACGACUUGCCUUCUAACAAUUAGCGUAUUAAAAGCAUUAAAAACAUUAAAAGUCGGCGUUGACAACGACCAUAACACGACGUUGUCGUACGGGUGGCUGGAGAACGAGGAGUGUGGCCAACCAUCGGAGGCGCUUAAAGCUCUGUCCAUGAGUAAUACCUUCAUUUUCCGUAUAAUUGCAUUGCCCUUAUGGGGAAUUUCUGAGAAAAUAUUUGCUAAGUGGAAUUUUCCAGUAGGAAGAAGCGAUUUAGGAAAGUCUGCAUAUUGAUGGAGGAGACUGGAAGUCUUGGGUGGACGUUGUAGAAAUCAUUUUAGUCCUCUCAGUCCGGCAGAAGACCCUGAGGCCUUGCAGAUGGUAAACGUUGAAGUCAGUUAGUCAACAUCCAAGCAAGCAUAUAAGGGAAAAGUGACUGACAUAGAAUUUGAAUUACAGCGAAAAGACACGAAUCCUUCACAAACAAAUGAAUUCGAAUGGCAUGCCCUUCCAUCGUUUUCACUCAUUAGAACACCUAAGCCCUGCACCAAUCGUUUUGAGGUUUGGAAAUGGUGCACGGUUUCGACCGAUCAGUUUUUGCAGCUUGUUACAAGUCAUGGGAAGACUUGUUUCCGCGAAUGUCCCUUUUCCUCAAAUACCAUAUGUUUGCUGAACGCUCUUCUCCCUUUUGCUCCUUAUUAUUGGUCGAGACGAUCAACUAUGAUGCAAGCUUAGUGAGAGUUGGGCAACACUCAUACUGUUUGUCCGCGAUCAGGGGUGAAAUGACAACGGCGCGCGCUAUGUGCCUUAGUUGUAUACGUCAAGAAUUUCAUGAGAAUUUUAAAUAUGCAGCUGCCGCCCGCAUUAGACUGUUUUGGAGUUUCUUCCAAACCUUGUCAGGUUCGCCUUCCAAAACUUUUCAAUCUAUAUUUUUGGUGUCCAAAUUUAGACGACAAUCAAUGUGGUGCCAUUCGUCGCCUUCUGUCUAUCCCGUUCCUAAAGCUUUCUUUCUUGAUUUGGGUUGAAUAUAAGGAUAUUCUUAGCAGAAGGUCAGCACAGUAGACGGAUGCCAAAGAGGCUCGAACAGAUCCUAAAUUCAUUUGUCUAAAACUUCACCCAUGCUUGAACUUGAAAAAACGCAAUCUUGAGCCUACAUAAACGCGCAUAAUUUAGUUUUGGUGUGAGGCGCGUGCGGCCGUCCGUGUUUUUCUUGCCUGCUAGGUACAAGUCAUUUCGCCGUAAGAUACCCUCUUCAUUUUAUUAUCGACCCAAAAGUUGCCCUCUAAGGCCUGCAUUUCACAAGGCUCCCUUUUUGACCCCGUGCCACAUCCACGUUCGGCAUGCGGCAGCUAA